AAUUCUUGCAGAUUGGAGAUUAAUUUUUGCGAUUUUCUUCACAAAUCAGUAUUUUUGGGCAACCUUAACAAUCCCAAACCCUCUAAUUAUCAAACAAUCAAUUGAACUCCUCGACAACAAGCAUCAAAAAGAAGGGAAUGUCUUCAGUUAGCAUGUCACCCUCAAAGGAGAAAAAAUGCCAAUGUGGAGUUCCAAUGUCUAGGCUGACUGCUUGGACUAGGGAGAACCCAGGACGCAAGUUUAGGACCUGCAAAUUCUAUGAUCCUGUGACUGAGUCAAGGGGGUUUAAAGCUUUUGAGUGGGUGGAUCAACCAGAUGGAACACCUUGGCAAACAGAGGUGAUUAACAACUUGCUGCUGGACAAGAAACUAAUGAAGGGAGAGCUGAAUGACAUGAAGAGGGAAGUUGAUGAUGUUAGUGGACAAAGGAGGUGCUUGCUCAAUGAGAUUGACAGCUUGAAGAUGAAAUGCAAAGCUCUUAGCUCAGACAGGAAGAAGAUGAUCAAGGAAGUGCAUGGCAGCAAUGCAACAACAAAGAAAAUGCUCACAGUACAUGCUAUUGUUGUGUUUUGUUGUUUUGGUUUGGUACUGGCUAUGUAUUUUAGAUCUUAGGUUCAUUUAGGAAUUCUUAUAAACAAAAAA